AUGUUGAGCCUCAAUGAAACCCCCUUCCGGCCAGCCACACUCCAGCUGACAGGCAUUCCAGGGAUGCAGACAGGCUAUGCCUGGGUUGCCCUGGUUUUCUGCAUCCUCUACCUGAUUUCCAUCAUAGGCAACCUCAGCAUCCUCACUCUGGUGUUUUGGGAGCCUGCUCUGCACCAGCCCAUGUACUACUUCUUCUCUAUGCUCUCUCUCAACGAUCUGGGGGUGUCCUCUACACUUCCCACUGUGCUUGCUACCUUCUGCUUCAACUACCACCAUGUUGGCUUCAAUGCCUGCUUGGUUCAGAUGUUCUUCAUCCACACUUUCUCUUUCAUGGAAUCAGGCAUACUGCUGGCCAUGAGCUUUGAUCGUUUUGUGGCUAUUUAUGACCCACAACGCUAUGCCACUAUGCCCACCAAUAGCCGCAUCUUGGCUAUGGGCCUGGGCAUCCUUGCCAAGAGUUUCAUCACCUUUUUCCCUUUUCCCUUUCUGGUAAAAUGACUGCCCUUCUGCAAGGACAGAAUUUUGCAUCAUUUAUACUGCCUCCAUCCAGAUCUCAUGAAAGUGGCGUGUGGAGACAUCCAUGUUAACAACAUCUAUGGGCUCUUUGUGGUUAUUUUCACCUAUGGCAUUGACGUGGCAUUCAUCCUGCUUUCCUAUGCAUUGAUCCUGAAAGCCGUCCUGGCCAUCACAUCCCAGGAGCAGCGGCUCAAGGCACUCAACACCUGCAUGUCACACAUUUGUGCAGUGCUGGCUUUUUAUGUGCUCAUAAUUGCUGUCUUUAUGAUCCAUCACUUCUGGAAAAGUGCCCCACCUGUUGUUCAUGUCAUGAUGUCCAGUGUUUACCUAUUUGUACCCCCCAUGCUCAACCCCAUCAUCUACAGCAUGAAGACAAAGGAGAUACACAGAGGGCUCUUCAAAAUCCUCCAUAAAUCCCAGAUUUGA